AGGUGUAAAUUCAAUCGCUAAGCGUGCAAUGGAGUAUAUUAAAGAAAAGAAGCUUGGCAAAUCACAGAAAGAAGAGGUUUUGAAACUCGCAGAAACUAUGAAUUCUAUGGGAUUGACUGAUGAAGCAAGACUGCAGUCUGUAACAAUUGGAGAAAUAAAUUGUAUUCAUGGCGAGGAGAUUUCCGAACAUGGGAUCAAAAUGCUUGCGCAGAAAUUUGGAAUUAAAAGUGAAAGAGAUUCGUUUAAUCCAGGUAUACUAUACGCACAGUUGAAGCCGGUAUUGUAGAUGGAAAUUAUCGAGUGGAAAUUUAUUCCCGAGCCGGCGGCGCGAAGCGCCAUGCGAGGUAUUAAUUCCGCACGGCUAAUUAUAUACCCGGGUAUGUGAAAACAUAGCGGAGUGCAAAGUUGUCCUCCAUUUUGUUUAUGUCAUGGACGGUUUUCGACGUUUGCGCAUGCGCGAGUACAAGCUCUGUCUAAAGUAAUUGUUUUUCAUUUUCAAAGGACGUAUUUUGAACGUAUUUUGCUGUUUUACGGCAUUUUUUUAUUUAAAUUUCGUUAAAAAGUUUACAAAAGUACAACACGUUUUUUUUUUGUUUUUUUUUAAUAUCUCGAUUUUAACUGGAAUUAAGCCUGCAGUUUCAUGAAUUUGUGGCUGUUCAACCGUUUGUACUACAGGGUGUAUAAAAAAAAACUGAACAGAUUUGAAAUUGCUCUCAAUUUCGCAAAACACCUAUUUGUAUCUGUUUUUUAUGUAUAUAGCUUCUUUGGGUACUUAUAAUGUAAAAUAAUGAAAAAAACUUCUCGAACUCAAAUUUUGUGAACCAGGGGGGGGGGGGUGUCUUUUCCAACAAACUAAAAAUGGCUCGCGCACAAUAUUUAAAAGCUGUAAUAAUAUUUUGAGUUAAUAGAUUAAAAAUUUGUUGGGUGUUUAAUUACUGUACAAAAUUUCAGACAAUUUGGUUUAGUUUAAGCCCUUUAACUAUUCAUUUUGUUCUAAAAAGUCAGCCUUUCGCAUGCUUAAUUAAUGCCUUUAUCUAAUUUGCAUAUUGCUGACAUAUGCAAAUUAGGCAAAUACAUUAAUUAAGCAUGCAAAUAGCUGAUUUUUCGGGAAAAUUGUAACUUUGCGUGAAUAGUUAAGGGAUUAAACUAAACCAAAUUGUCUGAAAUUUUGUACAGUAAUUAAAAUCCCGACAAAUUUUCCAUCUGUUAACUCAAAAUAUGAUUGCACCUUUUAAAUUUUGUGCGCGAGCCAUUUUUAGUUUGUUGGAAAAGACACCCCCCCUGGUUCACAAAAUUUGAGUUCAAGAAUUUUUUCUCAUUAUUCUACAUUAUAAGUACCCAAAGAGGCUAUAUAUAUAUAAAACCGGAUACAAAUAGCUGUUUUGCGAAAUUGAGAGCAAUUUUAAAUCUGUUCAGUUUUUUUUUAUACACCCUGUAUAUAGGCCUAAUAAUUGUUUUGAUGUUUUGAUGUUGAUGUCUUUGAUAAUUUAAUCGUUGUUGUGCCGGUUUGGGUAAGUGUAAACAUUUCAGCAGUAAAAUUCCAUGCCGUACUUGCUUUGUGUUGUCAGUUUUAUUCAUAUCUGCGAAAUUUUUAAGUCGUUCUUAACUCGAUAAUUCACUUUAUUAUUAUUAUUGAUGAAUAUUUUAACAGGAUAAAAACGUCAGUUAUGCAAAAAUUAAAUAAUUAAUUACAAAAAUUGCUAUCAAUGUUUGUCCUGUAAAGUUUCAAGAAUAACAAAAAUAGGUAGACAAAAAGUUAAUAAAUAUAAGCCUAAAAAUUACAUAAUUAUAUAAGAAUGGACAAAUAGGAUAAAAUAUCUUACAACUAUAAUAUUUACAAAGUUAAAAUGUCUUGAAAGAUAAACUAUUUCAAAAUCAUAGAUCUUCGUAUUGUUGCUGGUAAUGAAUUAAACAGUUUUGCUCCACCGAAGUAGAAGCCUCUGCUUAGCUAAUUACAGCUUAAUUCGUGGCAGUUCAAUAGAAAUGCUGUUGUUUCUCGUUUCUUUCUCAUGAUUAACCAUUUGAAAAUAAUUGUCGAGUGUAUCAUGUUCAAAAUUCUUCUGGAGACACUUUUCUACCAUAGAACAAAUUUGCGAUUGCACCAGUUCUUUGGUAUUCGGUAUAGAUUCGGUGCCAAUCACCUUGCACGCGCGUCUCUCAAACGAUGUAAACUUUGCUAGUUGAGAGUCAGUAAAAAUUGUUUUGAUGGUACUACUAUAGGUUAGAAUUGGUAGUAUCAUCAUAUUGUAGAUAUCAAUAGCUGACGCCGCUGUCAAAUUUCUGCGGACUGAUUGGAGUAAACGAAGACGACCGCUCGAUAAUUUCCAUAAAGAAUCAUCCUUCAAUUAUUAUUCAAACGAGUGAGAUGCCAACAAAAUCUUGAUAUUUUCCCAUACUAUACGCAUGCAUUUAUGUGUGAGUGUGCAUGACAUAAUCAUUUGCUCAUGAAUUAAAAAAAGACUCUAUUGACGUAACAAGCAUAUGUGUGUCUUUUUAUUGGAUUCGUUGAUUAUUCGUUGAUAAAAGUAACGUAUAUAUGUCUGAUCCUGUGCAUAUUAAUCAUUUCGAUUCGACACCAAUUUAUGCAUGGAGUUCACAUCUUCAACUUGAAUUUUCUCUUGAUUUAUUUAAUAUAUAUAUAUGGUUUAGAUCUAAGGGGCUGUUUAUGUGAGUCGGGAUAAUCCGCAUAUCCUGGCUGAUUUGUGUCAGGAAAAUUUUUCCUUUAGAGAUCUAAAGAUUUAAAUUAACUUAAUUUAAUUAAAGAAAUUAGUCAGCCCGGUCAGCCGGGCUAGUCCAUCUCAAAGAUACAGUACAGCUUCUAUUGUGGACAGUACACUUAUACAUUUCCUUGAUGUAAGGACGUUUAGAUUUCUAACAUUGUCAUUGGGUUAAAAUCAUUUUCAGGACAUUGGCCAUGGAAUCAGAUUAGCACAUACCUUUCCUCUAAUAAUUAUAGUCGUAUGUCUCAACUUUGUUUAUUUCCUUUAGCUGAAUUUGUUGGCCAAGGAUAUAACAUCAUUGUAGACAAAUCCGUUCCUGCUCAGAUUAUGACGUUCUCAGAUGUAGAUGAUACAAAGUUUGGCUUUAGAAUUCCUACUUGUGCUCAAAUCAUCAAAGUCAAUGAAACUCGGGAGUACCAAAUGGACUUCACAUCGGAUGAAUCAUACAUGGAGUCUAGAUUGCGAAAUCUGGGCCUAAAUAUUGACCUGGCACCGACUGUAUUAAAAAUGGUCCCCCAAUUUGGAGUCAGUACAAGUUGGAAAAACGAUAGCAGUGGUCAAUCUAGCAAAACUACAAAGUCAUCAUUGACGGAGUAUCGCAUAGUGAAGAUAAAUAUUGGAAAUUUUGAAUCGGAGGAGAUCUCUUUCACCAAAGAUUUCUUGUCUGCUGUUAGAGAAUUACCCGAUCGAUACACAAAGGAGGAAAAGAACAAGCAGGAAUUAAUACAUUUUUUUAAUCGUUUUGGUCAUUUUGUGAUUACAUCGGCUUAUGUUGGUGGAGCAGUAGAAGUAAAAACCUGUGGUGAAAGUUUAGAAAGAUCGAAAGAUGAUGAAGAAUCUAUAGAUGGAUCUGCUGGUGCCAAACGUUCUGGCGUUGUCGGAGUUAAAGCAAGUGGAAAAAACCAUUCAUCGAGCAAAAUUGCAAAGAAUGCUGUCCUGAAUACAACAGAAACACGAUGGCAAGGAGGGCGAAGUGACCUACACACAAAAAGCACACUAGAAUCUGAAGAAAAGCUGUUGAUGUGGAAGGCGUCUCUCUCCAAAGAGCCAACCUUAUUGACAACCGAAAUGAGUUUAGAGCCGAUUUCGUCAGUGGUGGCUAUCAUCGAUAAAACGAAAGGGGAAGUUUGCGACCAAGCAUUGUGCAAUAUGUUUCAGAGUAAAGACCUUUACCCCGUUCGUAAUCGACAGGACGAACUUGCCUUAGAAGAAAAACGAAAAAUGCAGGACGACCAGCAAGAGAGACUUAGGCAAGAAUCAAAUUUGAGAGUAGGAUCAACAAAGGAGCCUGAUACAGAGGGUUGGCGGGAAACUAUUACUGGGCACACCCUCAUGGUUGGUGGAACUAUCGUUGUUAUUUUGGCUGGUAUCCUUAUAGCUGUAAUGAAUUCAGGAGCCUUAAUUGCACUGUGUAAUUGAAGAUGUACAUACAGUGUGUGCACACAACAUUCACGAAAGUUUGCAGUCUAAAGUAAUAAUUUUACCAUGUAAUUUUAACACUACUUUUCCAUCUUUUUCAACACUACUUUUCGCAUUUUCUAAGUAUUAUAAUGUGGAUGCUUUUGAAAAACUAUAUCAACGUAGAUUAAUGUGUGGAUUUACAGUAUUUUUUAUUAUACUAUAAAUCUUGAUGACGACAAAUUAAAAGCUUGUAAAUAUCUAAACAAUCGUCAUCCAGGUAGACCAUCAUUACACUGUAAAAACUGAUUGGUCGAAAUGACCAAUUUUUUAGGUUGCAACCAUUAGCAAUUGGUCAUUUUGACCAAUUGUUUAAUUA